AUGCUGAACAAGGCAGAGGCCAGUGAUUUCAUCGUUUUGGACCUCACUGAUAUCCAGGGGCUGCAGCACUUUUUCUUCUUCUCCUUUCCGUUGCUCUACAUGACCAGUCUUCUGGGAAAUGGUGCCAUUGUGACCAUGGUGAUAGCCAAGCCCCGGCUCCACACACCAAUGUACUUUUUCCUGGGGAGCCUGUCCUGCCUGGAUGUUUUCUACUCCACAGUCACUGUUAUCAAGGUGUUGACUGUCUUCCUCUUUGGGCAUCAGCCCAUUUCUUUUGGUGGGUGCUUUGCCCAGCUCCACUUCUUCCACUCCCUGGGCAGUACUGAGGCUGUGCUCCUGGCCACCAUAUCGUACAACGGCUAUGUGGCCAUUUGCAAGCCUUUGCGCUACACACUUGUCAUGAGACCACAGACUUGUCUGCUGCUGGCUGUGGCCAGCUGGUCCGCUGGUUUUGUACAUGCCAUGAUGCACUCAGUCAUGACCUCUCAACUGAGUUUCCGUGGCCACAACUGCAUUCAUCACUACUUCUGUGACAGCAAGCCACUGUUGAGUUUGGCUUGCAGUAGUACCAGCUGCAACGUGACCCUCCUCAGUGUGGUCACCACAUCUAUUGCUCUAGGCCCCUUCACUCUCAUAGUCUUCUCCUACCUCUAUAUCAUCUCCUUUCUGUUCUAUAAAGUCCGGUCCCAGGAAGAAAGGUGGAAGCCCUUCUCCACUCGUGCCUCCCACCUCACCAUUGUAGCACUGUUCUACCUACCGGUGCUCUUCAAUUAUGCACCACCCUCCUCAGGAAGCUCCCCUGAAAGGUGUCUCUCAUGUACAGUGCUAUCACCCCAGCCCUGA